GGAGGUCACGCGACAUGCCCUAAUUUUUCGAAAUCCUCCGAGCGGGCGCUUCUCGCUCUCACCCGUUCGGCAUUCCGCCCAUCUCUCUCUCUCCCUCCUCCUCCUCUCCUCCCUUCUCUCUCUUCGAGAGGGCGAUCGAUCCCCAACCCUAACUAAGCUCGCCGCAUCACAAAUCCCCAACCCAAGCGCAGCUCGUCGUUGUAGGUCGUAGAGCGUCGCCAAUCCUCCCAGAUCCGCCGGUUUGAGGGUUCCGAUGGAGAGCUCGGAGGCGGCGGCGAACCAGCAGAAGGACAGCGUGAAGGUGGCCGUCAACAUCAGGCCGCUCAUCACGUUCGAGCUCCAAGACGGCUGCACGGACUGCGUCACCGUCACGCCCGGCGAGCCUCAGGUUCAAAUUGGCCCCCAUGUCUUCACCUUUGAUCACGUCUAUGGAAGCACAGGGACUCCGUCAUCAUUAAUAUUUGAGCAAUGUGUGCAUCAUUUAAUCGACUCAUUAUUCAGCGGAUACAACGCUACUGUCCUAGCGUAUGGCCAGACGGGUUCUGGCAAGACAUAUACGAUGGGUACCAAUUAUAGCGGUGAAGCUAACUGUUUAGGGAUAAUUCCUCAAGUUAUGGAUACAAUAUUCAGAAAAGUUGAUGCCUCAAAGGAUGGCACAGAGUUUUUAAUCAGGGUGUCUUUCAUCGAGAUAUUCAAGGAGGAGGUCUUUGAUUUGCUCGAUGGAAAUCAUGCUGCUCUCAGAAUUGAUUCGGGGUCUGUUGCCAAAGUAUCGGCACCUGCCAGAGUUCCAAUUCAAAUUCGAGAGACUGCGACGGGUGGCAUAACCCUUGCUGGUGUCACGGAGGCUGAGGUAAAAUCAAAAGAAGAAAUGGCAUCAUAUUUGUCACGUGGGUCGUCGUCGCGUGCAACAGCAAGUACAAACAUGAAUAAGCAGUCGAGUCGCUCUCAUGCCAUCUUCACAAUAUGUGUUGAGCAAAAGAGGACAUCUGGUCCAGCAUCUGACAAGUCAGACAUCAGUGACUAUGACAUAUUAUCAUCAAAAUUUCAUCUAGUCGACCUUGCUGGUUCUGAAAGGGCUAAACGGACUGGCGCAGAUGGACUAAGGCUUAAAGAAGGUAUACAUAUAAAUAAAGGUCUUCUAGCUCUUGGCAAUGUUAUAAGUGCAUUAGGUGAUGAAAAGAAGCGGAAAGAAGGAGCAUUUGUCCCAUACCGGGAUAGCAAAUUAACCCGCCUUCUACAGGAUUCUCUAGGAGGAAACAGUAAAACUGUCAUGAUUGCUUGCAUUAGUCCUGCUGAUAUAAAUGCAGAAGAAACCAUAAAUACACUCAAAUAUGCCAAUCGUGCACGCAACAUUCAAAAUAAAGCGGUGGUAAACCGUGACCCAGUUACAGCAGAGAUGCAAAAACUGAGGAGCCAGGUUGAGCAGCUGCAGACUGAACUUCUGUUUUCCCGCAGUGGGAGUGCAGCACUAGAAGAACUUCAGUUGCUGCAAAAAAAAGUCUCUUUACUUGAGCUAAAGAAUUCUGAGCUCAACCAUGAGCUCAAAGAAAGGGAGUUGUCUUGCGAACAGUUGGCAGAACGCGCCUGUGCUGCCCAGCUGGAAAGGGAUCAGUUGAUGUUGAUGCUUGAAUGUGCGCGGAAUGGAAAAUCAUGGGAUGAUAUUAAGAAUGCUGGUAACGACCAAGUUGUGGACCUUAUGAAGAGCUACAUAUCAAAAAUCCAGCGGUUGGAAGGUGAACUGAUGCGGCAAAAGUUCUCCGAUGCAUGCCGAAAUGGUUUACAUGAUCGCCUUGCGGUUGAAAGAGACAUUUUUCUAAAUGGCUUGGGUUCUGGCUGUGAAGUAGGAACACCUGAUGCUUCAAGUGAAGUUGAUGAAGAAGAAAAAGAGAGAGAACAUUCAUCCAUGCAAGACAAACUUGAUAAGGAGCUGCAGGAACUAGAUAAACGACUUCAGCAAAAGGAGGCAGAGAUGAAACAAUUUGCCAAGAGCGACACCUCUGUUCUCAAGCAACAUUACGAGAAGAAGUUACAUGAGCUUGAGCAAGAAAAGAAAGCUCUUCAGAAAGAAAUAGAGAAUCUUAGCCAUGCGUUGACCAAUAUAUCUUCUUCUACGGAUGAGAGUGCACAAAAGCUGAAAGAAAACUAUCUUCAGAAGCUGAAUACACUUGAAUCUCAGGUCUCUGAACUCAAGAAAAAGCAGGAAGCUCAACAACAGCUGCUACGGCAGAAACAGAAAAGUGAUGAGGCAGCUAAGCGUUUACAAGAAGAUAUUCAACGCAUGAAGUCUCAGAAGGUUCAACUUCAACAAAAGAUGAAGCAAGAAUCUGAGCAAUUUAGAUCGUGGAAGGCUGCCCGUGAAAAGGAAGUACUUCAGCUCAAGAAGGAAGGGAGACGAAAUGAAUAUGAGAUGCACAAACUCUUGGCCCUAAAUCAGAGGCAGAAAAUGGUUUUACAGCGGAAAACUGAAGAAGCCGCCGCUGCUGCGAAAAGAUUGAAGGAGUUGCUGGAAGCAAAGAAGUCCACCCGUGACACAUAUGGAGGCACCAGUGGUUCGGGGAUGCAGGCCUUAAUGCGAGCUAUUGAUGAUGAACUUGAAGUUACUAUAAGAGCAUAUGAAUUACGUUCACAUUAUGAGCGACAAAUGCAAGAGAGAGCGGCAAUAUCCAAGGAAAUAGCGAAGCUAAAGGCGGAAGCGAAGCACAAGAUGAGUGACUGUCCUCAAUUUAUGUCUCCAAGCGCUAGAAGUUCUAGGAUAUCGGCACUAGAGAACAUGUUAUCCUCGUCGUCUAGUGCUAUGGUGUCUAUGGCCUCUCAACUGUCAGAAGCAGAGGAGAGGGAGCGUGUAUUCAAUGGUAAGGGUAGAUGGUACCAUGUCAGGUCCUUACCGGAGGCAAAGAACAUAAUGAACUACCUUUUUCAGUUAGUAUCGUCUGCAAGGUGUCAACUACAAGAUAAAGAGGCGAUGUGUAAUGAAAAAGAACUCACCAUAAGUGAACUGAAGGAAAAGGUGGUUGUGCUUAAUAGCGCAAAGAGGCAGUUAGAAACGCAAGUGAAAGAUCUAAGUAACCAAAAUAUACAGCUUUUUACUGCACUGAACAAUGCAAAGAAAUCUGUUACCACUUCAAGGAGUGGUACUGACGUUUCAGAAGAGGGUCAAACUAAUGCCAUGCGUAAGGGGGCUCGAGCUUCGCAGUUUUUCGAUUAUAGUAAGAACAGUUUCAAUUGGUCGGACGAUAUGGACAUAUCAGACUCUGAAAACUCGGAAGAGUUAGAAGAUACGAGUGAGGGAUCUGAUGGAGAAUGGGUAGAGUCGACCAGAAAAACCAGAAGACGCCGGAGAACAGUGUCCGGCCGUUCAAAUCCUAACCUUGGUCGUCAAAAUACACAGGAAAAUGCAGAACCAGAGAAGCCCACCGAUGAAAAGUCCAUUUUGCCAAAAGAUAAUCUUUCUUCACAUGGCUGCUCGUGUUCAAAAUAUUCAUUAUGCAAGACCAAUAAAUGCGAGUGCAGAGGCUCAGGUGGACAAUGCGGUGCAGCAUGUGGUUGUAAGGAUUCCAAAUGUUCCAAUAGGGAGUCUUCUUCAGAUAAUGCGGAAAUCGUGAAUCAGGGAGUCAUGCUUCUCGAGAAUGCUUUCUCUGAGAAGGAAGCGCACGACGCAAAGUCAAGAAAACCGUUGGCUGACAUUGGUAAUAGUGUGGUGAAACAAGCCGCCGAGACAAAGAAGCCGAGGAAAAACUGGCGCAAAUCGACAAUUCAGCUCGUCCCAGACCCUCUCCCGCCCUCCGCGCCGGAGACCACCGAGGCUGCCCCGCGGGACAGAGCUGACAUCCCCCUCAGGCUGCCGAGAGCCAUGUCCUCGGCGCCCGCGGAGAGCAACCCUCCUCUCACGGACCGCAACGCAGCCAAGCCCAACGAGUCCUUGAGCAGCAGCAACAAAGAGAGCACCGGAGCCGCUGCCACGAGGCCGCCGUCUCAGGUGAGAAAGAACGCCGCCACCGAGAAGGAGAACCAGUUGCGAUGAUUCGGUAGCUGCCAUGCAGUCUGCAAUUGUGACAAUGGGGGGAGGCUGCCUCGGCGUCCUUCGUAGAGGCAGGCUAAGACUUUGGAAAUUGGGAGGGGUCCUCUCGGGUUCCUGUGGGAUGAGGUGAUGACGCAUUCUAUCACAAUGUUGUGCCUUGUAUGUGCCUUGGCUAAGGCCGACUGCUUUGACUGGAAUGCAAUGUUUUUGUACUUCGACUGGAAUGCAACGCUUUUGUACAAUGUUCGAUGAGUUGAACAUUGUGGGUUAAGUUAUAUCAA